AUGAGCUACCACCAUUCGAGCCAGCUCUGGAGCUCCCAGUUCGGCGUGCGCUUUGGAGCACUUGCAAACGUGCGCCAGGAACCAACAUCUUCCACGUCUCUUCAUACUUCUACCCUGGGCGGUGAUGAGAUCCGUACCGACAGCCCUGUAAAUCCAGCCGAAAUCGGCCUAUACACGACGGAUGUUGCCCAAGAUCCGUUGCCUUCGUUUCCACGCUCAAGAAGUCCUCGGCGAGCGCCCAUUGCUCUCCCUCUCCCGCCACGCCCAACAGACGCUCAACGACCACCCAUCGCUCUCCCAGAUCCAAAUGUCGCAACCAGCUCAAAAGACGCGAGCUCAAAAGAGAGCGCCGCGGCUCCUGCCGCUGACAAGAAGAAGAUUGUCGUCGAGCCACCGUCGACUUCACUAGAGUUCAGCAUCUCCAAGAAGGAGUUUCUUGCUGCCCGCGCUGCCAUCCCUGGCACUCCCGAGGCUCACUGGUCAUAUGCCAUGUACCACCGAGCUGGCGAGAAUGGAAAGGUCGAUAAUGUCAAGGUCCAUUAUUGUGAAAAUAAGGCUACCACGGAGCGGGUCUGUAACGAGUAUUUCCUAAACGAAGAUGUCAUCGGCCUUGACCUGGAGUGGAUGAAGUUCGCAAGGCGGACGGACGGGCCGCGGCAAAACGUCUCUCUAAUCCAGAUUGCAAGCCCUAGCCGCAUUGCCUUGAUCCAUGUCGCAGUGUUCACAGAGAAGGAGGACUUUCUAGGGCCGUCUUUCCGCAGGAUAAUGGAGAAUCCCAACGUGAGCAAAGUCGGCGUCAACAUCAUACCGGAUUGCACGCGCCUCAAAAACCACCUCGGCGUCACUGUUCGGGGCGUCUUUGAGUUGAGCCAUCUCUACAGGGUCGUCAAGUAUCUGCCACAGACGCCUAACCUGGUCCACAAAGGGCUGGUAGCACUGGCUACCCAAGUUGAAGACCAAUUACUGCUUCCUUUAUACAAGGGAGAUGCAGUCCGAACCGGAAAUUGGAUGAGACGGCUCAGCUCGCAACAAAUCAACUAUGCUGCGUCGGAUGCCUAUGCCGGCCUUCAGCUUUACUACGUGCUAGAGGAGAAACGAAAGGCCCUCGUGCCUUGCCCUCCUAGACCGCAUCAUGCGGAACUGCGGCUUCCUAUUCCACUUCCAGCUCCUCCAGCUGUUGAGAAAAAAGAAGAUGAAGAUGCUACUGUAGUGGACCAGACAACGACAACAACAACAACAACGACAAUAACAACAGCAGCAACAGCAACAGCAACAACAACUUUUGUAAAUACAACGGCUUCCGCAUAUAAACGCAGAACCUACAAGCCUAGAGAUCCUAAGCCGGAAGACCCCAAUCCUAUAGACUCCAAGCCCAAAAGGGAACUACCAAACACUCCUUCAUCAAAACUUCCAGCCUCGGAAGCUUCAGCAUCGGGUGAUUCAGCCCCAACGGUCCCCAAGGCCAAAAGACAACGCCCGCCAAAACCCCCCGACACUAGAGACGCGCGGGUCAUUGCAGCCGAAGCUGAGAUGAAGGCGUACAACGAUGCGUACACUGCCGCCAACUCGACCUGGCCCGCCACCACCCCGGUCCGCAUCAGGGCGUACUACAUCUGGUACCGGAAUGAGGAUCUUUGCCCUGCCGAUAUCGCUGCGCUCUUGCGAGAUCCGCCGCUGCUGACCAGCACCGUUGCCUCGUAUAUCGUAGAUGCGAUACAGACCGAGAAGUUUCCUUAUCCGUUGGUCAGGCUACAUAAAGAAGUGGUGUGCCACAUAGACCCCGAGAAGCCGUACAUGCUCAAAUACAAGUCGUUUUGCGAGGAGUGUUCAAAGGCGGUCAAGCUGAACGGAGAUGACGAGGAAACGAAGCAAACGGAAGCGAAACCAGACGUACAGAUAUAG